AAGCUAUUCGGCAAAAUAAAAAAGUCUUAUAAAAUCGGGAAAUUUCAUAACCGAAUGCCUCUCCUAAUUUGAUUACAUUACAUAUUUCGUGUAGAAUUAAGGAGAUUCAUACUUUAUUAUUUAUUUAUAAUUUUAACAAUGUACAUGUAAUUACUGUAAAAUGAUUCGCAAUGUGUUAUUAGUUUUGUGUGCUUUUUCUCAUUGCUUAUGUAUCGAACAUGAUUUUAAAGGUUUUGAUGAUAGCAUACUGUUUGGUAUAAAUUGGCCAGGAAAAGUUGAUGAUAUAGCUGAGAAUUUAGUAGAUGGAAAAGCUGACAAUCCACAGAUCCUGAAUAAAGAGAUCUUACAAGUAUCUACCUCAAAUAAAGAGACAUAUGAGUGUCACAUACCAGAGUUAAGUACAAGAGAGGCUAUAAACACCGAGGACUAUGAUGGACCUUCUCCAAUGCAUUUGUUGAAGCCAUUAUUCAUGCAGAAGAUGUGUUCAUAUAGACUCGAUAGCUAUUGGAGUUACGAGGUCUGCCACGGAAGGUAUGUACGGCAGUACCAUGAGGAAAGAGAAGGCAAACAUGUGAAUGUCCAAGAAUACUAUCUCGGACACUGGAGUAUAGAGAAGCAAGCAAAGCUUGAGACAGACAUGAAAGCUGCAGAAGAAGCUAAACGUGCGCCUAAAACUACCAAAGUUGAAGGAAUGAAGUUACCCUAUGUGGAAUUGGCAAUGGAUGAUGGAACUAUUUGCGACUUGAGUGGAAAGCCUCGCCUCACAAGAGUGCAAUAUGUGUGCUAUAGUCAUGGAAAACACGAAGUUUACUCAUUCAAAGAGAUUGCUACUUGCGAAUACGAAAUAAUCAUACUAUCACCACUGCUCUGCGAACAUCCACAAUUCAAACCGAGGGAUGUCACCGAGAACACAAUAGACUGUGUUCCAGUGGGUGACGCACCAAAGAAACCACGAAGUUUGCUUAAAAUGGAAGCUGAUCAUUUAAAAUUCCAUCAUCAAACAAUAAAAUUGAUCAAUGAAAAGGAUACUAAGGAUAUACUAGCUGUGUUGAAAGUUGAGAAAAUUGAUAAGGACGGCGAAACGCAUCUUAAAUUCGAGCUGCACCCGCUGACGGAUGAUGAAGAGGCGGCCGGCGAGCAGGCCAAGCCGCCGCUACUGGACGAUAAGUCGACGCCGGUCAUAUUGGACGACUCGCCUGUACGAGCGUUUUUGAACGGCGAAAACUGCCUAAACGGGGGUACUGGGUGGUGGAAGUAUGAGUUCUGUUAUGGCAAGCACGUGGUACAGUACCACGUGGACCGCACCGGCGAGAAGACCACGCUGAUGCUGGGCAAGUUCGACGAAGACGCGCAUCUGCAGUGGAUCAAGGAGAACAAGGGCAAAGCGCCAAAGCCUGUCGAACAACGCACGUACGUGUCUCAUUUCUACUCGAACGGCGAUGUUUGCGACAAGACCGGCAAACCGAGACAGACUGAAGUGAAGCUAAAAUGUCUGGAGAAUUCGUCGAGUCCAGCUCAAGUGUCCCUCUACUUAUUAGAGCCGAGGACGUGUCACUACAUACUAGGCGUCGAAUCGCCACUAAUAUGUGACAUUUUGCCAUUAGCAGAUGAAAAUGGACUUAUUAAAACAACUAAGCCUUUAUUAUCGCAAGAAACUGCGAUGCCCGAUAGCAAAGACGACGAAGAAGUUGAUAGUAAAAGUAGGGGAACAUUGAAGUUCGGCAAUGAUUAGAAUAAAUGUUAAUUUAUUUGGGAA